AAGAGCGACCCAUCGACUACGACGAUGUUUGUGGGACCUUCGUCAUUCGUCGGAAUCAUCUUCGAAGCGUUGAAAAUGGAUCGGUAGCUGGGAGAGAAACUUAAAGCGAAAUACGCAAAGAAAACGGCUUUUGUCCGCUAUUUCAGCGAUUUUUUUUGUGUUGUAAUCAGCAGAGGAAAUUUUAACAACGACCAAUCCAAUCCACUAAACUACCAGUCACUUCCUACAGCAAUUUGCAACAGAAAAAUAGAAUUACCCUGCACCAGCACCAGCACUACUACUACCACAACAGCUACAGCUACAGAAACUAAAAAAAAUAAAACUACCACAUAGCCGAGCCCACAAAGGAAAGGUGAAACGCAAAAAGAAAAGAAUAAAACCGAGUCAGGCAAACAACCCAAAUCGGAGGAAUAGGAAUAAAUCCAAAUCCAAAAAUCCAAUUUUCGCUUGCUUCAUUCGCCUGUCCCUACCAUAGUAUGUGAUGAGAGAAAUCGGCAGUAGCAACCAGCAGCGACAUCAACGACGACUCAACCACCAAACUUGACCACCAACGAAAUCCGACCGACGCAGAGCCUAGAAUCGAAUCAAUUUACAUCAAAACUACAGCAGUCGCAGCAGCUUCUUGGCAAUUGGAUUCAAGUAAAAAAAGGAAAAAAAAACAUCCCAUAGGCGGCCACCAUUUUGAAUGAGCUGAAGAAAAAAAAAAAAAGAAGAUAGAGAGAGAGCGAGAGAGGGUGUCUCUCAUUUGUUGCACUACGCAUUGCAGCUGGCCGCGGCGUAGCCGAAAACACAACACUGAACACCGAACCCUUUCCAGUUGCUCUCUCCGUCUAAUCGCGUCCAUAAAACAACAACACCAUGGUCGAGCUGGAGGAGCAGAAGCCCAGCCAAGCUGCCGCGAUUAAUUCAGGCGGCGGCGGCAGCACCACCAACAACAACAACAAUAAUAGCAUCCCCAGAAGUUCUGGCGACAGCGGCAUCGGCAGUGGCAGCGGCAGCGGCGUUUCCUGCAGCAACACGGAUAACAGCUGCAGGCAGAGUCAGUCAGACGGCCAAAAUGAACUGACCCGCUACAGCAGCGAGGAUGUGUCGGGCAACGAGUCCAGCGAAGCGCCCAACAUGACCGAGAUGGAACGGCAGGCGGAACUGAACCGCCACAAGGAGGAGAUGCAGAAGAAACGGCGCAAGAAACGCAUCAGUUCCUCCCUCCAUUCCUCAACCUUCCAGGAGCUUUAUAAGCUGACUGGCGAGAUUCUGGGUGAGGGCGCCUAUGCCUCGGUCCAAACGUGUGUCAACAUCUACACGGACUUGGAGUAUGCCGUGAAAGUGAUCGAUAAAAUACCGGGUCAUGCCCGCGCCCGUGUUUUUCGCGAAGUGGAGACAUUCCAUCAUUGUCAGGGCCAUCCCGGUAUCCUGCAAUUGAUCGAGUUCUUCGAGGACGAUGAGAAGUUCUAUUUGGUGUUCGAGAAGAUCAAUGGUGGGCCAUUGCUGACGCGUAUCCAGGAGCAUAUCUGCUUCUCGGAGCACGAGGCCUCGCAGAUCAUCAAGGAGAUCGCCUCCGGACUGGAUUUCCUGCACAAGAAGGGCAUCGCCCAUCGUGAUCUCAAGCCGGAGAACAUUCUGUGCGUCAAGACGGACUCCCUGUGCCCGAUCAAGAUUUGCGACUUUGACUUGGGCUCUGGAAUCAAGUUCACCACCGACAUCUCCUCGCCGGCAGCCACGCCCCAGCUACUCACUCCAGUCGGCAGCGCCGAGUUUAUGGCACCCGAAGUAGUUGAUCUGUUUGUGGGCGAGGCCCACUACUAUGACAAGCGAUGCGACUUGUGGUCCCUGGGUGUCAUCGCUUACAUUUUGCUUUGUGGCUAUCCGCCGUUUUCCGGCAACUGCGGCGAAGAUUGCGGCUGGAAUCGCGGUGAAAACUGUCGCACGUGCCAGGAGCUGCUCUUCGAGUCCAUUCAAGAAGGACACUUCACUUUCCCCGAGGCCGAGUGGCACGAUGUGAGCGACGAGGCCAAGGAUCUGAUUUGUCGUCUGCUCGUCAAGCAGGCCUCCAGCCGCCUCAGUGCGGAGGCGGUUUUGAACCACAAGUGGAUACGUAUGUGCGAGCACGAGCCGCCGGUGAAGCAAUCCGGACGCCAUAAGGCUCUACAAACCCCGGCCAAUAUCCGACGCAACCACCAGUCGGCAAGGGAGAUAUCGAAGUUCGCCGAAUCGGCAAUGGCCGUUAAGCGCGUGGUAUUGCAGCAUUUCUCGAUGCGCUACGACUACAUGAAGGAGCGCCCGAACAUCUACCAGCCGUCGCAGGCCUACAUAGACGCGUACAGCGAUGAGAACUACAACCCCAAACCGCCGGCCCACUACACCCGGAGUCGCUCCCAGCGCAAUCCUGCCGCCUCGCUGUCCAGCUACGGCGGUCGGAUGUCCUCGAUGCACGGCCAGCAGCGGGCCAACAGUCGUCAGUCCUCCAGGAAUGGAGCUUCGCGCAACGCAUCUGCCAUUUAUCCGAACAGCGGUGGCUUUAAGACUCUGAACGUGCACGAAGAGGACGACGAUGAUGAGGCUCUGGAGGCUUUUGGGCGGAUCGAUGACGAGGACGAUGAGUGGGCCAGGUCCACGAAGCACUAUCAGCAGCAAAGGGAGCUGCAGAAGCAGCGAGAGGCCAUGGAGGAGGAGCGCUACAGGAGGGAGAGCGUUAGCGAGGGCGAAGUCGACGAGAUGGACGAGGAUGGAGAGAGCGAGGACUAUCAGCACUAUAAGCAUUAUUGGCGCGAACUGGACGAGGACGAGGGCGAUGACUAUCUCUAUGAGCAGCAGCAGCGCGUCGACUACAUAGCCGAAGAGGAUGAAGGGGAGAACGAUGAGGAGGAGGAAGAGAUGGAGAUGGAGAAGGGCGACGAUAAGUCGAAGGAACUACAACCGACACCCGACAAUCCAAGGCAGUUGAAAGCCGAGAAAGUCGAGGAAGUAGACAACGGUGAGUAUGGAAAGGAGCAGCUUAUUAUGGAUAAUAUGGGAGAAAAGGAAACAAUCCAGCAAAGUGAAUUUGCUAAACUCACCACAAUGCGCAAAGAUGCGCAGGAGGAGGAGAUCAACAAGGAGGAGGAGGAGGAGACUACACCAGAGAAGGAGAGAUUGAAGAAGGAGGAGCAGGAUAAUGUUGAUGGGGCUAGGAAGCAAGGACCAUCAAGUGAUAUUAGUGCUACUACCAUCACCGAGAAUAACCAGCAGCAGCAGACACCAGUUACUAAAACUACGACACACAUUAACAACUGGCAACCUGGCGAUGCAAAUGAUAAUGAUGAUAAGGAGGAUGAUGAUGUUAAACUAUUGGAUAGUAUUAGUGAUUUAAAUGAAAAGCUACCUGAAAUUUAUGAGACUGCAAAUAUUGUUGUCAACUCAGCGGCAGUGCCAGAAGCAGUAGCAGUAGCAGAUACAGAUGCAACAGCUACUGAUGCACCACGCCCACCAACCGAUACACUAGAAGAUGAUUCGAAUGGGAUCAGACCGACUGCGGCUGAGGGUACAACAAUGCGAAUGACUUUUGGCAAGACGGCGGCAGUGGCGACUACACCAGCAGAUACUACCAUCCAAGCAAAGCCCGCCCGUAAUGUUUACUUUGCUCUCGAUGCAUAUCAGAACGACGAGGAUGCCGAUAUCGAUGAAGACGACGACUACGACGAGGAGGUGGAGCAACGCAAGCAGCCGGGGCCAUCGAUCGCCAAUGCCUAUACCCGCAAGCAGCGUCAGCAGCACCACCAGCGGUAUAUAGUACCGGCUCAGGGACCCCGGCAGCAGAAUCAACAGCAACCGGAGAACUGGCGCUACCGCACCCACCACUCCCAGGAGCAGCAACCAGCGGCUGGGUAUCGCAAGUACCGACCACCCUUCAGCACUGGAGGCGGUGGCGGCCACUACGGCAACCAACAACGCAAUUAUCUGGGCAGCUUCUCGCACAGCGGCGGUGCCGCUGGUUACAAGGUGGCACCCCCGCCAUUGAUGCAGCCGCCGGUGCAACCAGCACCUCAACGGCAUAACAGCGCUGGAAGCAGUAGUGGUAGUGGCAGCGGCAGCGGUGGAUCUCCACCAUCCGACGAGCAGUCAACGGUCCGCAACUGGCGUCAGGAUUGCGUCUACGCCAGGAGCUAUGGAGUCAACCAGUCGUCGCAGCAGCAAGCGUCUCAGCCUCGCUUGGCGGUCCAGCGGGCCCAGCAGCAGCCGAGGAUCGGUAGCGGUCGGUUCGCCCAUCUGCAGGCCCCGCAGCUAAUUGAAGAGCUGCCGGACAUGCGGAUCGGCCUGUCCCCGCCCACCGAGAGCGUGCUGCUCCAACGACGUCUUCGUCAGCAGCAGAGGGGCAACGACCUGUCCGAGUACUGUGAGCCGGCCACCGCCAGUGGUUAGUGGUCGGUCAGUCGGUCGGUAAUUUGUCCAUCUUUUUGGGAGAGAAACUCUGUUUUUCACGCACAUUCUUCGAAACGACUUUCCAGUUCUAAGAUUCUUUUUUUUGGGUCCGACACUUCAGCCCACAAACAUUUCAUUUCAAAAUACGAACGAAAAACAAUUACACAACAAUUCUAUUAAUUCCGCAAUUGCAAAACAGAGUUAACAAAAAACAAACAAAAAAAAAACACAAAAAGUUUAUACAAGAAAAGGAUAUUUUUUAAAAAAUGUAAUUUGUGAGGAGGGAAAAAAAGCUGGCAGAUAGAUACACAGAGAGAAAGCGAGUGGCAGUUGUCUACGCUGUUUUGAAGAAAGCCAAACAGUCGUUCGAGAUAUAAAACAAAAAAAAAAAAAGAAAACAAAAAAAAAAACAAAUACCUUUUUUUAUAAAAAAGAUUCAAAAAUUGUAAUUUAUAUUGCACUAUAAUUUUUUAUUAUGAAAAAUAAAAACGAAUACGAAAAGUGUUUGGUCAAGAGAUGCAUUAAACCAAUAUUGAUUCAUUUCGUGUUGGUCCUAAUUAAAAUCCUAAGUACUUUUCCAAAAAAAAAAAAUAAAAAAUAAUAAUGUUGAUUCGAAAUCAUUGGCUCUUUCGGAGGCCGCGUAUCCAAAAACCAAAAUGUACAAGGAAAAUUGUUAAAAUUUGUAUAGUAUGUUUUUAUUUCUCAUAACUAAAUCGUUAUAAGAAACCUGCGAAAACCAGUUCAGUUGAUAAUUAAGUUUUUAAAUUGUCCAAAUUUCGAGUGGCUCGCAAAUAAGUUUGUCCCCAAAAAAAAAAAACAAAAAAAAACACUUCACACACAGAGCUCAUUCUAAGACUAUUUCUAAGAAAUUUGAAUAUGAACACGAUAUCUGGUUGUGCAAAUUUAAAUUUCUUAAAACUAGCCUUACGGAAGACUAUCCGAAGCUAUUGAAGAUAUAUUUUUUAAGCCCCCCCUACAUUUAAUCACACAUUUUCCACACUACACUGGGCGAAGCGAAAUAAACUUGACAUUGUUGUUGGUUGCUCAACUACAGUAGCUGGGCGUAAAUGAAUGGAAGACACGAAAGAAUGAAACCAACCCAAUUUUGUUAAAUACAUAUACCUAUAAUAUUUAAAAAAUUGUGAUAUAAAAUGUAAAUGUAACUGCACCUGAAGAAAAAAAUCUAUCUAUCAAAUGACGCUGUGCCAUCUCAACAACACCAACAACAACAACAACAACAACAACCAACUACCAACCACUUGAAACUAAUUGUUAAGGCCCGCCAGAGGAGGAAAAUUUCCGCAGUCUUUGUUUACGUCCCACACGAUACCACGAUGUCAAAGCUCAUUCACACCCAAAUAUACUUAUAUUUUCCAACCAAAACGAAACUAAUACUAAAAACUUCCAUUAAAAAAACACUAAAAAAUAAUGAAAAUAAAAACCGAAGAAAUGCAAUAAUAAAAAAAGGAUUUGUUCAAAAUUUUCGCACUAAACGAUGCAAAAAAAAAAAAAAAAAUAUUUUGCCAACAGCAUCGGUUUGUGUUUGAGGAAAGUUUUGAACAUUUUAUAAAAAAAAAAAAGAAACAAUAAUUAUGACAGCGUCCAAAUAAUUUUAAACUAUUCAUGCAAUUCCUACAGAAGCAAUCAAAUUUGCAUUGAAACUGACAAAAAAAAUAUUGAAAUAUUGAAAUGAAAACUAUCGCUUUCGUUUUUAUUUGUAAAACUGUGAGGAAUGUUUCGCAACGAAACAAAAAAAAAAGUAACUAAGAAAUAAAUUGAUAAGCAGCGCUGCGAAAAAAAUAAAGAAAAUAAAAACUACACUCAAAUAGAAAGAAACCUUGGUUUAGAAAACGUCCGAUAAAAGCCAAUGGGUAAACUUAAGUCGUUAACAUUGUGGACAGCGCUGCUAUCGGGAGUCGCUAUCGGGAAAUGGAACAUCAUCGAUUAAUCGAGGGGUAUCGAUACAAACAAUUGAUAAAACAGAUAACAAAUCGAUAACAUCAACUAAGUGUUUGUAUGAAAAGAAUUUGUUUUAAAAUUAUUGCUAUAAAAAAAGUAAAGAAAAACAAGCCAAGAGAAAAAACAAUUCAAGAAAACCCGCAAUAAAAGAGUAGAUAUUGUUUUAUACAUACAAACUCAAUAAAAAUGCAAAAUACAUAAAAUGUUAAA